CCCGCUGCUACUUGGUUCCGCUUUCGCUAAAGGCUCAGAAGGCCUUCCCGGACUCUCACCCAGGUCCCGCGGCGCUGGUGGGAAGAAGAGACCACCCUCGCUGUGCGUUGUCUUCGUGGCCGGUGGGAAGCGAGCGUGCUCUCGAAAAUCUAGGGCUCCUGCGACCCCUCUUACCAGCGCCAUGGCAGUCCCAGGUUGCAACAAGGAUAGUGUCCGAGCAGGCUGUAAAAAAUGUGGCUACCCUGGCCACCUAACUUUUGAAUGCCGAAAUUUUCUCCGAGUAGACCCCAAAAGGGACAUAGUUUUGGAUGUCAGCAGCACAAGCAGUGAAGAGAGUGAUGAAGAGAAUGAGGAAUUGAAUAAAUUGCAGGCAUUACAAGAACAAAGAAUAAAUGAAGAAGAGGAGAAGAAAAAAGCAAAAAACAAGGAGAAAAUCAAGUUGAAAAAAAAAAGGAAAAGGUCUUAUUCAUCCGGUUCCACUGAAGAGGACUCUUCAAAACAAAAGAAACAAAAAUAUCAGAAGAAAGAAAAGAAAAAAGAAAAAAAGAGUAAGUCAAAAAAGGGGAAACAUCACAAAAAGGAAAAAAAGAAGAGAAAAAAAGAAAAGCAUUCUUCCACUCCUGACAGAUCUGAAAUCUCCAAAAAGUAACUGAGACUAUGGCUAAGUCAUUAAAUUUAAAAACUUGGUUUUGAAAUCAUUUGACCUUCCUUGGAAUUUGCUGUAUAAUUAUGCUUUGCAGUAAAUCACAGCCUUUUCCAUAUAGACAUUGUUUUCAUAUAUGGGACCAUUAUCCUCUGGCAAUAUAUUUUUAAUGUGUUAUGACUAUAGAGUAUUGAAUCAGUGUUAUCACUUAAUAACCAUGACACAAGUCUGGAUAUCUGUACAAACACAUCCUUUUUGGUAUUUGUUCUCUGUGUGUCUGACUAGUGUUAUUGCUUCAUAAGUUGAUUGUAAAUGGCUUCACUGACGUCAACACCGAUAAUCUACCUAGCAGUUAAUGAGUAUUCCUGAAUCAAGUGCCCGCCUUCCAGUGAUACAGUGAGGUAGGGGAUAAUGUUUUGCUCUUGACACUGAUAAACUUAAUACCUUUUUAUAGCCAAUGAUAAUGUAGGAAGAUAGUGAAAUCCUUCACUGUUUUUAAAUCUCUAGCCUUUUCUUUGGAUGUCAUAGGAGAUAGGAGAUAAGACUGCUUUAUUGGUCUGGAUUAGGACUUUUUAAAUAAAUGGUAUUUGCAGUAAGAUAAUGAAAAUAUUUAUAACAAAGUUUCACUGUCUUCUGACAUGCAGAAUUUCUAGUACCUGCCUCCUUUGUUUUUGUAACAAUUAAAAUAUAUCUUCCUGUUUAAAAAGAUAAGUCUAGGUCAGUCUAUUAGUCACGUAGAGAUGAUGCUGUGUUGGGCAGGAUUUUUAGGAUAGACUCCUGGGUUGUACAAUGUGCCAUAUUGGCAUGUCUUAAAAUGAUACCUCAAACACAGAACUUUUUAUUUAGGAGAAUGACAGCUAAAUAUUCAUUAAAAUUGACUUUUAUUGUAUUCAGUAUGUAAAUUUUAUGAUGCUUGUUUCUAUGAGUAAUGUGGAAAAUUUUUAUAAAUGUGAACAUGUGUAUUUAUUUCAAAUAAUUUGUAAUUUUGAAGCAGGUCUCACAUUGAAUUUAUGACUUCAUAAAUGACCA